CACGAUCCGAAGCGUCUUCCCUCUCCUCUGUUUCUUUCCUUCCGGACGAAGGCGCAGCGGCAGCAACGACUCCUGACCCAAAUCAAACCAAACAAACCAAUCCGCCGCGGCGCCGCCUUCCAAUCCCCAGCUCCCGCCGUCAUCUCCUCCUCCUCCGGCGAUCGCCGUCGCCUCCAGUAGUCUCACCAGGAGUCCCAAAUCCUCCCGCCUUCGAUGGGGAGCGAGGCAGAGCCCGCCAAGGGGCUGCUGCCCUACCUGCAGCGCGCCGACGAGCUGCAGAAGCACGAGCCCCUCGUUGCCUACUACUGUCGGCUCUACGCGAUGGAGAAGGGGCUGAGGAUCCCGCAGAAGGAGCGCACCAAGAUCACCAACUCCAUCCUCGUCUCCCUCAUGAACCAGCUCGAGAAGGACAAGAAAUCUUUGACUUUGGGGCCUGACGAUCAUUUUCACGUGGAGGGGUUUGCAUUGAACGUCUUUGCUAAAGCAGAUAAACAGGACCGUGCUGGACGAGCUGACAUAAAUACUGCUAAAACCUUCUAUGCUGCAAGCAUCUUCUUCGAGAUUCUUAACCAGUUUGGCGAGCUUCAACCUGAUAUCGAGCAGAAGCAGAAAUAUGCCAUCUGGAAAGCAGCUGAAAUAAGAAAAGCUCUCAAAGAAGGACGAAAGCCUGAAGCUGGACCUCCUGGCGGGGAUAAAGAUGAAGCACCUGUCAGUAGUACCACGAUUCCUCAUGAUAUGGGGCGAAGCGAGUCCUUCAGCAGCAGGCAGCAUGGCAGUGAAGCACCAUCUCAACCUGUAGACAAGGAUUUUAGUAGGCGGGAUAGCUUGCCUACUAUCCAGCCAGGAAAUAAUGAGCCUCGACAAAGUAGAGAGUUCCAUGAUCAUUCCUUUGCCCAGUCACCUUAUUCACCCCCACCCCCUCAGUCCCAGCAUCCAUCUCCAUCACAAUCUUAUUCCUCUCCCUCACACCAAGGAACGGAUUAUCCUUCUGAUGUCCACAUACCACCACCCAAUUAUUCAUCUUCCCCAUACACAAGCACAGACUACCCUACUAAAGAGGUCCACAAACAACCAUCCAAUUAUUCCCCACCCCCUUACACAAGAACAGACUACCCUUCCAGUGAUGGCUACAAUCCUCAUAGUAAUGAUAAACCAGAUGUUUCAGCUUAUCCUCAGACAUACCAACCCCCACCCUACACAAUUGAACCUCAACACACGUCUCAAAACUACUACUCUACGGAGACCCCGCCUGCCCCAUACAACUACCCUAAUUUCCAGUCUUAUCCAAGCUUCCAGGACAGCACAUCACCUUCUGUGCCAACGCAUCAAUCAUCAUUCUACCCUGCAGGCGAUGGUCCUGCUGCUACGUCAUACUCUCCUGCGUCAAAUCCCUCUGCCCCAACACAUCACUCCAGUGCUGAUUCUGCAUAUCAAGCUACUACUACAGCUGCACCACCAGCCAGCCAAUAUAGGUAUGAUAGCAAUUACCAGCCAGAAGUUGUGAAGAUCGCCGAGGCUCACAAGGCAGCAAGAUUUGCGGUUGGCGCCCUUGCAUUCGAUGACGUGUCUGUUGCUGUGGAUCACCUGAAGCGCGCGCUGGAUCUUCUGACAAACCCUUCUGCUGAAACUCAUUAGAGCUUUCCUGUGGACAUCUCAAAAGCAUCUUCUGUACAUAUACUACAUCGGUAUACUGCCCCAUGGAGAUGUUACCAGGUUUCAUACAUACAAUAUACUGGGGUGGCCACACAAAUCUAGGAGAUAGCAAGGGCACCUUUCUGUUUGCAGAAAACUAGCUUCGUGUGUCAAAUUGAAUUAUUCAUUAUCAGAGUUUGUAAUAAGGCUAUGUAACCCAUUGUAUUCAAUACGUAUUCUUGAGGGCUGUUUUGGUAUGUGCUGAUUGCUGCAA